AUGGGAGAGACGUUGGGGAACAUCUCGAGAGGCAUCAACAUCGUCAUGGUCAGCUAUGUGACCAGGAAGGUGAUAGCAGCCCGAACCUUCGAUAUGUACGCAGGCAAUAACUCAGCACCCAUGAUCCAGUUCAUUCAGAGCGCACCUGCAAAGUCCCUGCUGCUCAUGGUGACCCAUGAGGAUGGAAGCACCAGACUCAAGGCUGAGGCCAGGAAAGCCAUUGAGACGCUGGGAAGCAUAGAGAUCCGGAAUGUGAGCUUCAGGUCCAGCUGGGUCCUGGUACAGAAGGUCAGGCUCCCGCAGCCCCUGCUCUGGGGAUGGGGACAGUUCCCAGGUUGGUAGAGGUGAAGGCCUCAAGGGUACAGGCACCGAAUAAGUGCUCCGUCGUCAUGAGGCUCUUCAAUUGCUUGUUUUUCUAUUUUGAGACAGAGUCUCA